AUGAAACGAACUUUUGAAUUCUUCCGAAAAAUUGAUUCAUUUGGAGUUGAGUUUAACCCUGCUAUUAACAACAAAUUGAAUUUUAGUUAUAAAACUAUAUUAGGAGGAAUUUUAUCUUUGAUCAUUUAUUCACUUAGUGCAGCCUAUUUUUUAUAUGAAAUGUAUAGAUGGAUGAAUAUGGAUAUGGUUCCUAUUGUUACAACAGAGAUCCAUAGUUUUAAUGAUGACAUUGAAAAUCUUUUAGAUGAAUCUAACGCGUCGAUUGAGUUCGAAAUCUAUAAUACAGCCAAUGGAAAAGAAUUGAUUAAUCCAUUUAAUUAGACUCAACUAGUCUUGACUCCAAUUUUGAAGAAUUAUUCUAAUGGAAAAGAGUAGGCAGUCGGAUAUAAUUUUUCUCAAUAUGUGUCUGAAAACGUAUUUUCUCCAAAAUUAAGACUAAAUUCAAAAAGCGAAUAUUAAAUUUCUUUUGCAAGAUGCACAAAAGAGAUGUUAGUUGAAGGUUAAGUAUGUGCUAGCGAAGAUAUUAUGAAUGACUUUUUUAAUUAGAGUGGAAAUGAAUUAUAAGUAAACGUAAUUUUGAGGAUAGUUGAUCCAAGAACAUUUAUGGAAAGAUAAAUUAAAAAAACAUAUGGAAUAAUUUUAGAAGAAAUAGAAUGCUAAAUCACUAAAAUAAGCAUGGAAUACACGCAUUAUUAGAUUUACAAAGAUUUCAUAUUUCCCACACCACUAAAUAAAAUAUUUGUAAGUGAAACCGUUGAAUAGACAACAUAUGGGACGAAGGACUAUUGUUCUAAAAGAUUUGUUGAAGAAAGUUAUGCUUUAUUAUGGAUUACAACAUCGUAAGUUGCUUAUGUAUAGAGAAUGUAAUAUCCUGAAAUUGGAGACAUAUUAGCAAAUAUUGGGUCUAUUGUGGAAGUUCUAUUUUUAAUCGAAUAUGUUAUAUAUAAAAUUAAUGAAGAUUGCUUAAUUCGUUGUAUGUAAGAUUAGAUUUUAUCGUUUUAUUAUCCAGAAUUAAGGUCGAUUAAAUUAAAAAAAAACUGGUUUGGUUUAAUUACUAAAUGUUCGUUAUACUCUUAAGAUAUAAAUCCAAAAAGUUACAGCGAAUUCAAAAACAAAACUAUCAAAUUAAUUAAUUGUAAAUUCAAUUAUUUGAAUAUGAUUUAUGAAGUUUCCAGACUUCAAUUUCUCUUAUAAUCCAUAUUAAGAAAAGAAGAAAUGUACUAAUCACAUUUGAUUGGCAUUAAAUUAUCAUUAGAAAAGGAUUCGCAAAAUAAUUAAAUAUAUAACUUGAAAAAUGAUGAUAAUGAAGAAGGAUUAUUAGAUUCAUCUAAAAUUAUAAAUGAUAGAAAAUUGACCUAUAAAGACUCUUUAAUACUUUGUAUUCUAAAUAGAAAUCUCAAUUUGGAAGAAGAUUUUAUAGAUUAAGAAUUAAUUUCGGACAGAAACUUUUUUGAAAUAAAUAGAAUUAAUAAAACAAAGAUUUGA